GGCGUCGCCGGAGACGCGCGUGGUGUGGCGGGGCCGGUGGCCGAGCGGGGCUGAGCCGGGCGGCCGCAGCUGUCCCAGGAAGGAAAGGACCAUGGUGCUCAAUAGUCUGGAUAAGAUGAUCCAGCUGCAGAAAAACACAGCUAACAUCAGGAAUAUCUGCAUUCUGGCUCAUGUCGACCACGGAAAAACUACUCUGGCCGACUGUCUUAUAUCUAGCAAUGGGAUCAUCUCCAGCCGCUUGGCAGGCAAGUUAAGGUACAUGGACAGCAGAGAAGACGAACAGGUUCGAGGGAUCACUAUGAAGUCGAGUGCCAUUUCCCUACAUUAUGCCAAAGGUGGUGAGGACUACCUGAUUAACCUCAUAGACUCUCCAGGACACGUGGACUUCUCCUCCGAGGUGUCCACGGCCGUGCGCGUGUGUGACGGCUGCAUCAUCGUGGUCGAUGCUGUGGAAGGAGUCUGCCCACAGACACAAGCUGUUCUGCGACAAGCCUGGCUUGAGAACAUCCGUCCGGUUUUAGUGAUUAAUAAGAUAGAUCGCCUGAUAGUGGAGCUGAAAUUCACCCCCCAGGAGGCCUAUUCUCACCUCAAGAAUAUCCUAGAGCAGAUUAACGCGCUCACGGGAGCUCUUUUUACUUCGAAAGUCCUAGAAGAGAGAGCAGAGAGAGAGACUGAGUCCCAGGUGAAUCCAGGUUCUGAGCGAGGAGAGCGAGUGUAUGACUGGAGCGCUGGGUUGGAGGACACGGACGAUUCUCACCUCUACUUCUCUCCGGAUCAGGGCGGUGUGGUGUUUGCCAGUGCGGUAGACGGCUGGGGCUUCGGGAUCGAGCACUUUGCCAGAAUCUACAGUCAGAAAAUUGGCAUCAGAAAAGAAGUCCUUAUGAAAACCCUGUGGGGAGAUUAUUAUAUAAAUAUGAAGGCCAAGAAGAUUAUGAAGGUUGAUCAGGCGAAAGGAAAGAAACCUUUAUUUGUACAGUUGAUCCUGGAGAAUAUAUGGAGUUUGUAUGAUGCGGUCUUGAAAAGGGACAAAGAAAAAAUUGAUAGGAUCGUGACUUCUUUAGGAUUGAAGAUUGGAGCCCGGGAGGCACGACAUUCUGAUCCUAAAGUUCAGAUCAGUGCCAUUUGCAGCCAGUGGCUGCCCAUUUCCCAUGCUGUGCUUGCGAUGGUGUGUCAGAAACUUCCCAGCCCCCUGGACAUUACGGCCGAGCGGGUGGAGAAGCUGAUGUGCACGGGAUCACAGACGUUUGACUCUCUUCCCCCAGAAACCCAGGCCCUGAAAGCAGCUUUCCUGAAAUGUGGGAGUGAAGACACUGCUCCGGUUAUCAUCUUUGUUUCCAAAAUGUUUGCCGUUGAUUCCAAGGCUUUGCCACAGAACAAGCCCAGACCUCUCACGCAAGAAGAAAUUGCGCAGCGGCGUGAGCGUGCAAGACAGAGGCAUGCGGAGAAGCUCGCAGCGACGCAGGGGCCGGCGUCCGUGGAGCCCCCGGAAGAUGGCGGUGCCCCGGAAACAAGUCCAAAGGGAGAAGAGACAAAAGGUGAUGAGCACCAGGUGGAGGGUAAGACCCUUAAACCUGAGCCCGAAGAAGGAAGCAACCACGAGUCUUUCGUUGCCUUUGCUCGAGUGUUCAGUGGUGUGGCUCGAAGAGGAAAGAAAAUGUUUGUCUUGGGACCCAAAUACAGCCCCGUUGAGUUUUUGCGGCGGGUGCCGUCGGGCUUCUCCACCCCACUGGACGACCUCCCCCCGGUCCCCCACAUGGCGUGCUGCACUCUGGAAAACCUGUAUCUCCUGAUGGGGAGGGAGCUGGAAGGCCUAGUGGAGGUGCCUCCAGGAAACGUGCUAGGCAUAGGAGGCCUUCAGGACUUCGUGCUGAAGUCGGCAACACUGUGUAGCUCGCCGUCCUGCCCACCAUUCGUUCCGCUCAACUUCGAAGCCACGCCUAUCGUGAGGGUCGCCGUGGAGCCCAAGCACCCAAGUGAGAUGCCUCAGCUUGUCCGGGGAAUGAAGCUGCUAAACCAGGCCGAUCCCUGUGUCCAGAUCUUAAUUCAGGAAACGGGGGAGCACGUUUUGGUCACAGCGGGAGAGGUCCACCUUCAGCGGUGCCUGGAUGACUUGAAAGAAAGGUUUGCGAAGAUUCAGAUCAGCGUGUCUGAACCGAUUAUUCCAUUUAGGGAAACAAUUACAAAACCGCCAAAAGUCGACAUGGUCAACGAAGAAAUAGGCAAACAACAAAAAGUUGCAGUUAUCCACCAAACAAAAGAAGAUCAGAGCAAAAUCCCGGAAGGAAUCCAAGUUGACUCUGAUGGGCUCAUCACCCUAACAACCCCCAACAAGCUCGCCGUGCUCAGUGUUCGAGCCAUGCCCCUUCCAGAAGAAGUCACACGGCUCCUGGAAGAAAAUAGUGAUCUGAUUCGUUCUAUGGAGCAGUUGACAUCCUCUUUGAAUGAGGGCAGAAAUACUCAGACGAUCCACCAGAAGACCCAAGAGAAAAUUUGUGAAUUCAAAGGAAAACUAGAGCAGCACCUAACAGGGAGAAAAUGGAGGAACGUUGUUGACCAAAUCUGGUCAUUUGGGCCAAGAAAAUGCGGGCCCAACAUACUCGUAAAUAGAAGCGAAGACUUCCAGAACUCAGUAUGGACAGGCUCAGGCGUCAAAGCUUCCAAAGAGGCCAGUAGAUACCGAGAUUUGGGCAACAGCAUCGUGAGUGGUUUCCAGCUAGCAACCCUCUCGGGCCCCAUGUGUGAGGAGCCUCUCAUGGGCGUCUGUUUCAUUCUGGAAAAAUGGGACCUAAGUAAAUUUGAAGAACAAGGGGCAAGUGACAAACAUAAUCAAGAGCGAAGGGACGUGGUACAGGAGGCACAGGCGGAAGGAGAAGCCUGUCCCGGCAGAGGCGAAAACGGGGGGCCGCAAGGUGGCGGCUCUGAGCCCUCGGAGCAGAAGACAUCCCAGAGAGGAGAGUCUUCGCUCACUGACUGCUACGGACCCUUCUCCGGACAGCUCAUUGCCACCAUGAAAGAAGCUUGUCGCUAUGCCCUGCAGGUGAAGCCUCAGCGUCUGAUGGCAGCCAUGUACACGUGUGACAUCAUGGCCACCGGUGACGUUCUUGGUCGGGUCUACGCGGUCUUGUCCAAGAGAGAAGGUCGAGUGCUUCAAGAAGAAAUGAAAGAAGGGACGGACAUGUUCAUCAUCAAGGCGGUGCUGCCCGUCGCCGAGAGCUUCGGCUUUGCUGACGAGAUCAGGAAGAGGACGAGCGGCCUGGCCAGCCCGCAGCUGGUGUUCAGCCACUGGGAGCUCAUCCCCAGCGACCCCUUCUGGGUACCAACCACCGAGGAGGAGUACUUACACUUCGGGGAGAAGGCGGAUUCUGAGAACCAGGCCCGGAAGUACAUGGACGCCGUGCGUAAGCGGAAGGGUCUUUACGUGGAGGAGAAGGUGGUGGCGCACGCGGAGAAGCAGAGAACCCUCAGCAAAAAUAAGUAACCCCGCCCCCGGCAGGGCCGCCUCUUUCGGACGGAGGUGUCACCCCAGGCCAGAUACUGGGAAAACCUCUCUGAGCCCACUGCCAAUAAAGUUGAUGCUUAUAAGUA